UCUCUUCUCUCUCUCAUUUUUCUCUCCCAAUAGAGAGGGGAUAGCAGAACUGCUAAACCCUAGCUACUAACUUCAGCAGUUAUUCGUUCUCAUUCGAUUUAUCAAAAAUGGAGGAGGAAGAACCCAAAUUCGUGUUUGAAACCAGUGACAACGAAGAAGAAACUGUAAAACCUAGAAAAUCACAAUCUCCAUGGGAUUUUGGUGUAUACUCUGAAUCAGUUGCGGAAGAACAUGCUCGAAGAAGUACAACUUCUAUUGAUUCUAAAAUUUCUAAAGUUCGUGAAGAACAUUCUCUUCCUAUCCCUGAUGAAAGUGAUGAAGAUGACCCUGAGUCUGAACCUGAACCUGAACAAGAGGAGAAUAAAGAAGAAGAAAUUGAAGAGAUUAAGAAGUCUGUAGUUGCUAAACAACCCUUCUUUUCAUCUUCUGAUGGUACUUCGUUUCAUGCCAAUUCGUUUAUGGAUCUUCAUAUUUCACGUCCUUUACUUAGAGCUUGUGAAGCUUUAGGUUACAAUAAACCAACGCCUAUUCAGGCUGCCUGUAUACCUUUGGCAUUAAGUGGACGUGAUAUCUGUGGAAGUGCUAUAACUGGUUCUGGGAAGACAGCAGCAUUCACUUUACCUGUAUUGGAGAGGUUACUGUUCCGUCCUAAGCGCAUACAUGCUAUAAGGGUUCUAGUUCUUACUCCAACAAGAGAGUUGGCUGUACAGGUGCAUAGUAUGAUAGAGAAACUUGCGCAAUUUACUGAUAUCAGAUGUUGCCUGGUUGUUGGUGGACUUUCAACAAAGGUACAAGAGGCAGCCUUGAGGUCAAUGCCUGAUAUAGUUGUGGCCACUCCAGGGCGUAUGAUAGAUCAUUUGCGAAAUACAAUGUCUGUGGGGUUGGAAGAUCUUGCAGUUCUAAUCCUGGAUGAGGCAGAUCGUCUUUUAGAACUUGGAUUUAGUGCCGAAAUUAGUGAGCUGGUUCGUGUUUGUCCUAAAAAAAGACAGACCAUGCUAUUUUCAGCCACCAUGACUGAGCAAGUUGACGAGCUUAUCAAGCUUUCUUUAAAUAAACCUUUGCGCCUUUCAGCAGAUCCAUCUACAAAACGACCUGCGAGUCUGACUGAAGAGGUAGUUAGAGUGCGCCGUACACGGGAAGUAAAUCAGGAAGCAGUUCUUCUUGCAUUGUGCUCAAAAACCUUCACAUCUCAAGUGAUCAUUUUCAGUGGAACAAAAGAAGCUGCCCACAGGUUAAAAAUUAUAUUUGGAUUAUGUGGCCUUAAAGCUGCUGAGCUUCAUGGAAAUCUUACCCAAGUGCAGCGUCUUGAUGCCUUGGAAGUUUUCAGGAAGCAGGAAGUGGAUUUCCUAAUUGCAACUGAUGUUGCAGCUCGUGGGCUUGACAUUAUUGGUGUUAAAACAGUUAUAAACUUUGCAUGCCCUCGUGACCUUACUAGCUAUGUUCAUCGAGUUGGUCGUACAGCUAGAGCUGGAAGAGCAGGAUAUGCUGUUACAUUUGUUACAGAUAAUGAUAGGUCUAUCUUGAGAGCCAUUGCUAAGAGAGCUGGUUCAAAGUUGAGGAGUAGAAUAGUUGCAGAGCAAUCAAUAUCCAAGUGGUGCCAAACGAUUGAGCAACUAGAAGACCAAGUUUCGGAGGUGCUUCAGGAAGAAAGGGAAGAGCGAGCCAUAAGAAAAGCUGAAAUGGAAGCAACAAAGGCAGAAAAUAUCAUUAAACACCGGGAUGAAAUAUUUUCACGCCCUAAAAAAACCUGGUUUUCUACAGAAAGGGAGAAAUUACUUGCAUCCCAAGCAGCAAAGAAGGCUGCUAUGAACAAUGGGCAAGGUCCAUCCAAGGAGGUAAUUAGUGUUCAGGAGGCAGAAGAUCUCAAAAUGAAGGAAAAGAGAAAGCGUGAGCGCGAGAAAAAUAUGCCACGGAAGAAGCGUAGACGACUGGAAGCUAAUCGUGAGAUGUUGGAGGAUCAAGAGGCCGAGCAGAAGCAGGGAAGAGGAAAUAAUAAGAACGAAAAGGAAGGAAAAUUACUGGUAGACGUGGCUAAACGAUCAGCAAAAGCAGUGAAAGCCGUAAGUAAGGCGCAAGCUGCAGGCAAAUUUGUGAGGAAGGUUGAAAAGAAGACUCCUAAACGCGCUUCUCAGAGAACUCAAUCAAAACCAGAAGAGAUGAAAGAACUAUUCCAGAGUGACAUGCACGACAAGAAGCAGAAGAAAAGCACACAGGGUGGGAUGAAGAAAAAUACCAAAUCUUUUAAGAGCAAAUCACGGUACAAGCGAAAGUAGAGCUAAUGAGUCAGUUUAGUGAGUUUGAACUACUACAGAUUCAGCAGGAUGCACAGGUCUCUAAAACUUCAACAGUUAUCUAUGUUGGGAAGAAAAGCCCUCACCAAUUUCUCCGUGCAGGUCUAAGCUAUAUGAUUUGAUUUCGUUCUUUUUCUUGUAAUGUAAUAUUUAAUAGUUAGGUCAACAUGUUUCUUAGAAUAUCACUAAUCUGUGGUGAGGAAAUUUUGAUUAAACAAAUGUAUUAUCUAUUAUUAUUUUACAUUUGAUGUUUUGAAUUGUAACAAAUAUUGAAAGAGAUGGGAAAUGAAGCGAGCAAGAUGCAUGCAAGUGGCGCCUGAUUGAUUCAUGUCGGCCCUUUUAAAAAUAAAACACUGGAUUAUGUUCACCAUCCA